UUCUAUGCGUGGCAACAAGGGCCAUAUAAACGGAAAAAAAUGGCCCACAGGAGAAACCACAGCUGUGCAUGCAUAGCAGAGUUGCAUAAGACUCAAGAAUAUAAUAACAUGGUGAGUGAGGGCACUCAGUGUGCACAAGAAGAUAUUUAUAACCAGUACGCCAACUCUAUAGUGCUUACACCAUGCAAUAUAAGCAUCAAACAAUCCGGCAAAGAGUUGCUGCAACAGCAGAGGAAAAAGGACGAGACGGAACGGAUCGAGAUGCUCGGAGAAGAUGCACGGAGCACAAACAAAAUGAAAAAGAAAGUGGAAGAAAAGAGCGAUCAAGUCGUACAAAAUUUGCCUAAAGGUAAUUUAAGUCGCGUUGAAGAGAAUAUGGGACAAGGUGCUAGAAAUGCUCAAAAUGCGUGUGAGGUCACCAAGAAAUGUAUAACAGCACCUGUCAAUAGUGUUCACUCCAAAUUUUUAGAUGACUCUGAACCAAAAGCUCAUACUUUAGAUCAACCCAUCUCCCAAUCGAAAAGCUUACCAAAUUUGGGAACUCAAACCGAUGAUAGUCCUAAGAGAUUGAGAAAAGUUUGGGAUGGAAUAAAAGAAUUUAAAUUGACCAUCUCUAAAAAGUUCAAUGAUUUCAUGGAAACGUUUAAAAGAGGUAAAAAACAUCUGUUAAAUGAGAACACGCACAUUGGUGAUACCGACAAUUCACUGAAAUCACAGCCUAAUGAAUCAAUUCCUGACACGCCACUUUCUUCUUGUGCGCCAUCCGCCAUCGACGAGUCUACAACUUCAGGAUGCGACCAUCCCAGCUCUUCAUACCAAAAAAAUUGCUCGUAUUGUGCCCCCAAUCCACCACCACCAGCAUCUCAUUAAAACAAUUAUCGUUCCCAA